AUGUUGAUUUUGACGACACAGUCGUUAUCGUCAAUCGUGAUCACUGAUCAUCCGCUGAGUGAUUUACGACAAACUACGUUAGGCUCUGACUUUGCAGAAACUAAUGAAAAUGAAGCAGAAUUGAGCCUUGAUGUAUAUCAAUACAGAAAUGAAGUAGACAGGCAGAACAAGUUCAUACAUCCUGCAGCUGUUGGACGAUCUUCAUCGAAGUCCUGUAAUAUAUUACUUGACAAUGGUGAAGAAAAAUGGCCAAAAACAUAUGCUAUUUUACAAGAGCAGCGAUCGGAUUUCAGUAAUAGAAAACUUCGAUAUACUUUACUAAUAUAUUCCAACCCAGGAUGGGAAAUUUUUAUUCUUUCCGUCUUAUUUAUAUCCUACAUAUUAGAGACAUGUCUGUACACAUUUUGCCGGCGUCUAGAAAACUCAUUUUGGAUUGUCAUGUUAUUGUUUAGUUUAAACAUUAUGUUUACAAUAGACGUUAUAAUAGUAUUUGGCUUAAAGUUUUUCAAAAAGUGGCGAAAAACUCUAAAUUUGGUUGAGCCCGACAUGUACCAAGUGAUUCUUGACAUAAUAUUAGCCAUGCCAUACUCCCUCCUCUAUUUCACGGAUCCUGAUGGUUCUUUCUUCGAUUUCUAUACUAUAUCACCAAUCAUCGCAGCAAUACGCGUUUACAGAAUUAUCGAAUAUUUUUAUAACAGGUCUUCGCAAGCUGGCAGUAAUCAAUGGACUACGUUCUUAGUACAAUAUCUAAUACUUUUUCUUUUAUCGGUGCAUACGUGGACUUGUAUAUGGUAUUUAUUCGCGUACAAAAACUAUGAUUUGCAUAAAAAUCGUUCCUCUUGGUCUGUGGCAGCUGCGCAUUUACCCACAGAAACAAAACAUGAUUGGUACUUUGUCUGUGCGUAUUGGUCGGUUAUGUUUCUCACCACGAAUGCACUUGGUGAUCUCUACCCAAUAACGACCCCUGAAAGAAUCUCAGCUAUAACUGCAGUUUUACUGGGAUUUUUAUUGACAACUAUCGUGUUUGUGGGUUCCCUUACUUCACAGUUUAUAACAAUAACUACGCGGCGUGCGAAGUAUGUGCGGCAGUUAAAGAAAAUACAAAGUCACCUUAAAUUAAUAAAAAUGGAUAAUGCUACAACAAAACGUAUAAUCAGUUACUAUGAAGACCUUUGGUAUCAGAAGUCUGGAGUAUUUAAGCCAAAACUACUGAAGCUGCUUCCGUUUCCAUUGCAAAUGGAGAUUUGUUACGACUUAAAUGCCGUGCCCCUAUACAGUUCUUUGUUAUUUAGAAAACUACCCGAAGCUUUUUUAAGACGUUUAUCUGUAACAAUGAGUCACCGAUUUUAUUUGCCAGGCGACAUUGUUUAUAAUCAUAAUCAAAAUAAAACUGUUAUGGUUUGUGUAACGAACGGUGUUUUGGAGUUAUUAUCGGAUGAAGAUGAUGAGAGUCCAAUGAUUUCAUUUUCUAAAGGAACCUGCUUCGGAGAGAUAGCACUGAUAUUAAACAUACCUGCUAGAUGCACAGUCAAAGCCGCUACUUAUGUGGAGUGCCAAAUUCUGAAAAAGACCGAUUUUACAAAAUUAAUGAUCACAUAUCCCAAUUUAGUAACUCAAAUUCGAAAUGAUAUACACGAAAGAAUAAACAGAUGCCGACAAAGAAAGAAAAAACAAAACGGCAACGAACAACUUUUGUUGAAUAUUUACGUUUCAAAAGAAAGAAAAAAGAGCAGCAUCAAAUGUUUGAAAGAUAAACUACGAUACCGGCAAGGUAAAACAGAUGUGGACCUAACUAAAGAUAAUGAACUCGAUGAAAAUUGCUUAGAUCUUUAUAUAUUGUCUGAGCACAUUAAAAAGAGAAAAUCAACCUUCACGUGUAUUAAUUCAAGUUUUCCGUGGAUUUUGGAGUCUGAUUGUUACCUAGCAAAGUAUUGGGAAUUUUAUAUGCUUUGUAUUGUCAUUUACAUCUGUACUCUAUAUCCAUAUUUUAUAGGAAUCAAGAGAGAAUUUCCGAGCGGUUUCUUUUUCUAUGCCGAAAUUGUAACUGCAAUUUCAUUGACUAUCAACAUAUUUAUGUCAAUGGUGACUGCUGUAAAAACAAAGAAGGAACACGUCAAAAACUUUUCAGAUAUCUUAAAAUACAGACUUAAUUCUCCAGCAUUCUAUUUAGAUAUAUUUGCUCUAAUCCCUUUCGAAUAUAUAGUUACAAUACAUACGACGACCAUGUAUUAUGAUGAUUACAGAGAGCAUUUAUUUUAUUUAUGCAAAGGGACCAAGCUUUGUCUUGUGUGGCGUUUGACGAGCUUUUAUGAACAAUGGGAAAGAAAGUUGCUGUCCAACUUAAUUAUUAUAAAGAUUGCCAAGUACUGCACUUACGUUAGCCUUUUAUGUUACUGGUGUGGUGUGGUACUUUACAUGGAAUCGUGCUUUGUAGCACGUUGCUCGCAAAAUUCGUGGUUCGCUCGAGCUCUAACGGAGAAUAACCAGAAAAAUGUUGUUAUGCAUAGCAGCGCAACCAAAACAAGGUUUCCAUUAAUUACGUCCAUAUACUUCGCGACCACACUUUUGCUCUCCGUUGGCUAUGGUGAUUUCGUUCCUGGUGACAAAUGCGAUAUGGGAUUAGUUGCUUUUCUCAGUCUUUACGGCGUUUUGCUUACCGGUUACUGUAUAUCGGAGUUUUCCUCUGUUGUGACACAUUGGUCAAGAUCAAAAACAGCAUUUUUGGAAGUGAUAAUUACCAUUGACAAAUUCAUGAAGGAGAACAAUAUGAGUCAAGAUAUUAAAUCUAGAAUUAUGGCGUUCUACGAAUUACAGUGGCAAUAUAAUUCGGGCGUAGAAUUAACAGAUGAGAGCUGGUUGGACACAACGGUCGUCCCCACUGAGUUACGAAAAAAAGUCUUACAUCAAGCGAGAUUUAAAGCUCUUACGUCCAUUAUGUUCUUUCAAGUAAAAAAUAAAGCAUACAUUCAAACACUUACGGAAAUGGCUAGGGACAUAAUCCUUCCACCCAGUGAAAUAGUUUACUAUGGCGGAACAAUUUCAAGGGAAUUAUACAUAAUCGAACGAGGAUACUGCUUAGUAACGUCUAAAGCGAUGAAGGAUGAGAAAAAGGAACGAGUCAUCGGCCCUGGAAAUCACCUAGGUUUGUUGGUGAUGUUGUAUGGAGUGCCAGCUGUCAACACUGUUGUAACUCUAACUCAUUGCAAGCUUAUAAGUAUAAGUCACUUUGCAUACACGUCGGCACUGAACCUAUUUCCUGAUAUGAGAGAGCACGAAGGUCUUUUAACGUCUGAUGAGCUAAAAAUUAUCGAAGAUCAUGCGAGGCUUCACACCGCUAAUUUUUAUUUCCAACUUUACAAUUUUUUUAAAAAGAACCAUAAAGCUAAAUUAACCAACAUUCUACAGGAUUUCUUGGACGAUUCAUUUAUCAAUGUCUAUGAGGAAUAUAAAAAAAGAAAUGAGAGCUACUUGAAAUCCUUCGAUCAGUUUCGAAUUCUAAACAGAGUAGCCACGUACAUGUUGAUGCCAAUAGCGAUUAAACCAGACGGUGUUUUUCUUAAAACCUGGGCUAUUAUUCGAACUUCCUCCGCCUUUAUAAUGUGUUUAUUAAUACCUGUCGUGGUUUCAAUGUCUCCUUUAUAUAGAAGUUUUGAUAUAAUACUAUUAAUGUUAGAAACAAUAGCUUAUAUCGACCUUUAUUUGAUGCUCCAUGUUGCUUUUUACGGCAAUAAAAAUCAGUUAAUAUAUCAUCCAUAUCUGACUGCAAAGAACUAUGUUACGAAUGGGUUCAUAGCGGAUUUCCUAACAUGUUUUCCUUGGUACGCUUUAUGGAAAAUAUUUGUACCGAUGCAUAAUGAAAGUCACAGCAAAGAGGAUCAUUAUUUCAAUAGUCAUUUAUAUCAUUGUAUGUUACGAAUGAUUAACGUUUUGCAGAUUCAUAAGUUAUACGCUGCCUUUUGGACAGAAUCUAUUGGCGCACUAAAACGUGCAUAUCUAAUGAGCGUAGUCCAGUUUAUUUUACUUACAAUAUUCUUUUUAAAUUUAUACACAUCGAUCCUGAUAACAUUGUCCUGUACGUAUGUGGUAGCCCCCGAUAUAAGGGAGUUUGAACGAAGAGUACGUAUGUUAUCGAGAAAAGGUCCAUUAAUGAACGCUGUUUAUAACCCCGAAGGAAAUAUGAUUUGUCGACUUGGCUCUUGGUUAGAUGAAGCAAAAACAUUUAAAAUGAAUAAUAUUACGCCGAUGAAGGCGUAUCUUUUGGCUUAUUAUUGGUCUGCUACAAGUUUUAGCGGCGCCGGCUUCGGUGAUAUCAUUGCUCAGGACACCACCCACAUGAUCCUCUCCAUUUGUACCAACGUACAUGGCGUUUUGUUCUUUGGUUAUGUGUAUGCACGAAUGGCAUCCCUAAAAGCUAUGGCUGAUCAGAUGAUAACAAAGUUUCAAGAAAAUUUAAAACAUUUAGAAAUGUUUUUGAAUAGAGAGAAAGUUGCGUUCUUGCUUAAAAGAUCAGUCAUCGACUACUGGAAGUAUCAAUGGAAAAGGACAGGAGGCUGGUCACACCAAACCAUACUAGGAAAACUGCACUCUAACCUAAAUGAAGACGCUGUGUUGUUCAUGUACGAGAAAACGUUACGAGAAAUACCUUUAUUUGAAAAUGUGGAAUAUUCUUUCUUUAGAGCCUUUGCGAAGCAAUUGAGGGAAAAUUACUUUCAAAAAGGCUAUAUGGUUAUAAGAUCGAAUGAGGUUAUAAGCAGUAUGUACAUCAUCUAUCGGGGAAAGGUAGAUAUUAUAUCGGACAGCAAUGAGGUGGAGGCUUGCAUGGGCCCUGGUGGAAUAUUUGGAAAUAUUCGUGGUGUGUCCAGGUACCGGACAGUUUCAAAUAUUGUUGCGUCUAGAAAUAUAGACUUACUAAGCAUUCGAGGUCCCGAAUUUUAUGCUAUUUUGAAGAGUUACCCCUCUGUCUUGCAAAAAGUGAAGCAGUCAUUCGAUUCGACAUCUAAAGAUUACGUUUUACCAACGGUUAUGUCUGAAAAGACAAGUUUAACACAGCCAUUUUCCUUAACCUACGAAUCAGGGGCAGAUGAAGACGACGUACAGGAUGUAAAUACAAAUAUCGAUAGUCCCGAAAAAAGUAUAGCAUCUCAUGGCUCAAGAUCUGUUACGUCAGCAGGCAACGCUGAAUUUAUUGCUGCGAAGUAUUUAUUAUUUAAACCGCACAGAUGGUUCCGCAGUAGCGUUGUACCAGAUUCAAAAUUUGUGGUUUUUAUGGAUUAUCUCAUAAUGUUCCUCUCAUACGUAGAUUUCAUGAUCCUUGUGUACCAGAUGGCUUUUCUGUCAAACGUUUACUUCUUUUACAUUUGCACUUCUUUCGAUGCAAUUUUUAUUUAUAAGGUCUUCCUAGAUCUACAUACAGGUUAUACCAAUCGUUACGGAGACUAUAUUCUUAAUCCAAAGAAAGUGCGAAAAAUGUAUUUCUCUAAAGUAUUUCUUAGAAGACGGGAUUUCUUGUCUAUUUUACCAAUAAGUUAUAUAGCUUUUGCCAUGAAUUUAAGUCCGAGACUAAUAAAUUCACUCUUCUGUUAUCUCCGGACCCCCCAGCUCUUUAGGAUCACUUAUCUCUUCACUUACAGGCAACACAGACAAAUAUCUAUCGGGACGGCUAACUUAUUUCUCAAACUAAACACAAUCGCAAUAUGGGCGUCAAUACUAACGCACGUGAAUGCGUGCCUUUUCUUCAAGUUGUCCUGCUUGACGCCAGCACAUUGCACUUCGGCGAACUGGAUGUCCAAAGAGGAAUUGAGUUUGCGUAUGCAGUAUGCUGAGGGAAAAUAUUUUUCUUUGUAUGUAGCGUCUUUAUGGUAUAUGAUCAAUCUGCUGACCAUAACCGGAACAGGAGAUGUGUCAUCACAAAAUGAUUUUGAAGUGAUAGAAACGAUAAUUAUAAUCAUCAUUAUCAAAUUCUGUACAGGUCUCCUAAUAUCGGAAAUGUCAGCUAUGAUAACAGCGCACUCGUCGUCACGUAUAGCAUACGAUUAUGGUAUAAACGAAUUGAGGGAUGGCCUUAGAGACACUGAUCUCAGCGAGCAUCAGAUGAACAAGAUGUGGGACUACGUGUGCGAACUUUGGAACAGACAACAAGGGCGACAAAUGCCGAAAUUGGUGUACACACUGCCGUUUCGACUCCGUUGUCAAGUGAUGCAGGAAGUUUAUGGGUGUCAUAUAGGAGAAUCCAUUAUAUUUGGCAAAACAGAAGACGACUUUAAACGCAUGUUGGUUAUGUGGAUGAGACACUGCGUGUUCUUCCCAGGGAACUACAUCGUUCAGCGCGGAGACUCCGAUCAAUGCAUUUACUUCAUUCAUAGAGGGGAGGUCGAAGUGUUGACAGUACACCAGAAUUUGACGGAAUCUGUUUAUGAUGUUCUAGGACCCGAAGAUUGUUUUGGAAUAGCGCAAGGGUUGUUUGUGGGGGUACAGCACUACUUUUCGUUCCGAGCACGUACUGUGGUGGACAUCGUGUAUUUGAAAUUAGACGAAUGGAAAUAUUUACUUGAUUUCUAUCCAAAAUCAGCCAAACUUGUGAGGAAAAAAGUAGAAAAUGUGUAUUUAGCAAUUUAA